GAGGGCGCGGCGCAGUGCAUCCUGGGUCGGCGUAGCGAUGGCGGCUCGUGUCCUUUCCGCCGGUGUCCGCCGACUGCCCGCGGCCUUCGCGCUGCUGCCCCGGGCCCCCACCCUGGCCGCCGCCCGGCCGCUCAGCACCGCCCUGUGGCCCGCGGGGGCCCGCAUGAGGCGUGGGGCUCCGCAGCCGGUCUCGGUGCUCGCUCAGGUUCCAGAUGGAGUCACACGGCUGUGCCGCCAGUAUAGUGACCUGCCCCCUUUGACGUUAGAGGGAAUCAAGGACCGUGUUCUUUACGUCUUGAAACUCUAUGACAAGAUUGACCCAGAAAAGCUCUCGGUAAAUUCCCAUUUUAUGAAAGACCUGGGCUUAGACAGUUUGGACCAAGUGGAGAUUAUCAUGGCCAUGGAGGAUGAAUUUGGGUUUGAAAUUCCUGAUGUAGAUGCGGAAAAGUUAAUGUGUCCACAAGAAAUUGUAGAUUACAUUGCAGAUAAGAAGGAUGUAUAUGAAUAAAAUAUCAGACCCCUUUUCUUCCCUGAGAGAACACUCAGAAGAUACUGGCGAGUGUCGGAAAGUGAGAGCACAUUUUGGCACGACUGCUGACUUUGACAGAGUAAUUCUGUUUAGACUUGUAUUUAAAUUGUCUAAGUGUUUUUUCCCUUUGAAAAUAAAUCUAUAAAACCAA